AUGUCGGUCCCGCCUAAGUACGCCGGUCUGAAGCUCUUCCGAGCCAUUCCGUCUGAGGCCCAGCAUACCCUGGAAAUCUAUCUGGACUAUGUCUGCCCGUUCUCCGCCAAGAUGUUCAAGACUUUCUAUGCCGAUGGCAACCCCGUGGCUAAGAACUACAGUUCCCGACUCCAAGUCAUUUUCCGGCUCCAAAUCCAGCCAUGGCACCCAUCAUCUACGCUCACCCACGAGGCAGGAGCCGCCGUACUCCGAGCAGCACCGGAGAAGUUCUGGGAGUUCAGUGCCGCCCUGUUCAAACAGCAGAAGGAUUUCUUCGAUGUCAACGUUGUAAACGAGACUCGAAACAAGACGUAUGAGCGCUUGGCCAGGAUUGCUGGGUCCGUCGGCGUGGAUGAGAAGAAAAUCCUGGACAUGCUGGUGAUCCCCGAGACUGCCGUCAACGCCGAGUCGUUAAAUGCUGGAAACCAAGUGACUGAUGACAUCAAGUGGAUGACCAAGACAAACCGAGUGAUCGGAGUCCACGUGACGCCAACCGUCUUCUUCAAUGGUGUGGAGGAACGCGGCAUCAGCAGCAGUUUCACUGAGGCGCAGUGGCAGGAGUGGUUCGAGAAGAAUAUUGUUUGA